CCAAGGGCCCUGGCAUUUAAAACGAGACAUUGAGAACUCAGAAUAACCACCGGUAGUUUAUUUACAAGAAGACUUAUACAAACAGUACCUGCAAGAAAAUGACGGGCCGCCGCCAUCUUCAAUGUAGUCACGAUAAGUUGAGUGUCGAGCAGGAACGAAACUACAACCUGAUAAGUCACGUGAGUCCUCGCGUUUGUUUUGGACUGGAGUUAGUGCAGACAGUUGGCAAUUGCAAGGAUGUCGGACGAUGAAGCUACUGAGUUUUAUGAAGACGAGGAUGAAACAUUUGAGUUUGAUGGGCGUCCUUAUUUAUUUGAGCCUGAAUAUACGGAGGAAGAGCUGCGUGAGCGCCGUGAAAGGAGAGAGAUUGAGAGACAGCGUGCGGAGGAAGCAGCUGCAAGCAGAGCCACAACACAGCCUCGUAUCACGGGGAGAUGGUGGUGUUCCUGCCGGUGCUGUGAGAUAAUGCCUACCGACAUGGAGUGUUUUUGUUGCAAAGAGUGGGACCUUUUGCACCGUCGCAGUCAAGAUGCACGCUGCGUGACAUUAGCGGAAGGCUUUUCUUCCCUUCUGGACUUGUGGGUAUUGGAAGCCUUUUUCCAUGUCCCAAAAUUAAACUGGGCACGAAGACCCACGCCGGAGGGACCAGAUGGACAUUUAUCUACUGAACAGUGCAGACUUGUGGCCUACCGGGUUUUCCUCGAAUGGGUGCUUCAAGGAGAGAAACUGGGACCAGGGGAAAGACAAGUUCUGCCAAGCUGUGUGGUUACUGCAAUAAGAAAAAAAUACCCUUCUACCAGUGGAGUAUACAGUGGAUUCCAGGAGGCAGAAGACGCUUCCAGGAUCAUCUAGUUACUAAUUACUAAAAUUUGUUACUUUAUUGAUACUGUUUGUAUUGCAAUGUGAAAGGGUUAUAUAAAUAUUGUUCAUACUUAUUUAAAAUAAAAACAAUAUAAUGUCAA